CGUAAUGGUCCAAAAUAUUAUCAACAGUGAAGUCAGUAGUUUCAACUCCCGUUGGUUUUGCUAAAUUACAGCCAUAAAUACGACUUUUCGAGCAGUUUCACAGCAAUGGCGACAGAAACCACAACGAGAAAUCCAAGGCAAAAUGUUAUGGUGGGGGACCUUCCCCCAGAUUUCCUUCGCAUCCAGGGGGUAAGUGGCGGACAGACGCAGAACAGCUUACAGAUAUCGGCCGAUGAGCAGACAGCGCGAGCUCUACAGUACGGACAGGCCGGGAUGCAGGUGGCAGCAGGACCCUACGUGGGAAGGCUGAGCAUCACAAUUGUGCAGGCUAAGCUUGCAAAGAACUACGGUAUGACGCGCAUGGACCCUUACUGUCGUAUUCGGGUUGGCCAUGCCGUGUUUGAGACGCCCACUGAUCUGAAUGGGUCAAAGAAUCCCCGAUGGAACAAGACUAUUCAGUGCAAUGUACAGCCCGGUGUGGACUCGGUUUACUUAGAGAUAUUUGAUGAGAAAUCCUUUGGAGCUGACUAUCGCAUUGCAUGGAACCACAUUCAAAUAGCACCCUCGGUGUUCCAAGGUGAAGUCAAAGAUGACUGGUAUCCACUCACUGGUAAACAGGGAGAUGAGAAGGAGGGUAUGAUCAACAUAGUGCUAUCACACCAGCAAGUUCAGCAGAUGCCGCUGUUCACUCCUCAGGUUGUGUACGGGGCCCCCCAGACCAUGGUCAUUCCUGGGCCCUACGGCUAUGCCCCUGUUGCUCCUAACAUGAUGGGCUACCCCCCACAAGCUGUGCCUCAACAGCCCCAGCGCCAGCCUUCCCAGGCCCACCAGGCGCCCCAGAUCACCGAAGCCGACAUCACCAGUCUCAAGGACAUGUUCCCCAACAUGGAGAGCGAGGCCAUCAGGUCGGUCCUUGAGGCCAACAACGGCAACAAGGACGCUGCCAUCAACAACCUGCUAGCGAUGAGCAGCUAGGUGACCUCAUCUCAACCCACCCGAGUCCCCUGAUUACCCUCGUCUGUUGCCACUUAUCGGGAUAUACUCAACUUGUACUACUAUGUGCUCUUCCAGGAUCAUUUCAGUUGUGUAAUAUGCCACAAACUCUCUGACGAAUUGAUAAUUAACAUGUGUAGUUCCGAACUUGGUAAAUUAUGAAACCAUUUACUUAUCCAUACAGGACAUACGAUAAGCAAUGAAUAUCUGAAAAGAAUUUUCCGAGUUUAUGAAGUACAUGUAUGUAUCAAAUCAUAAUAGCUGUAUCAUUUUCAAAUGUAAAUUUCUGUCAUCCUUUAUUUUACAGUUGAAAGGCUGGACAUGUUUCAGUGGGUGUAACUACAUUUGAUUCCGUUUUUCUUCAAAAUGCCAUGGUAUCCAGUGUAUCCAGCGGUAGCUAUCUUAAAAAGCCUCUGUGUACCAAUACAUGUAGUGAUGCUUUGUUAUGAACGCUGUCUCUAUGGUAUAAACACGCUUAACAUCAUCAUAUGAUCAUCAUUAUAUACAGUUCUAUAGAUCCAGCCUUGAUUUCAAAGUGAAAGUAUAAAUCAGACUCUUCAGAGGAUAUGUUGAGGUGCCGGGCAAAAUCUCAGUAUUUCAGAUGUAGGCCCCCUACACAAAUUACCAGGAACCAGGAAAGUGGAGUUCUGACCAAAGGAGCCUCUAUUGCUAUGAAAAUUGCAUCCUCUUCAGGUCCAGCUCGGGCCACAUAGUAAUAGUGAAUUUAGGCAUCUAGCCCGGUAUCCUCAGAUAUGCUGCUUGAGCAGUGAUCGUUCAACUAAAAUAUGAUGCUUUAAUGUUUCCUAUUGUUUUGGUGGUUAUAUAUCACGGCUUUUACAAUACUGGCCCUUUCAUAUCUGCGACGUAAGUUAAAGUUAUGCCUCUCCCAGUUUGUAGAUUAUGCAGCACACAUAAUUUCAUAAUAGAUCAUGUACUUGUAACUUUCUCCAACCGCCUGCCUUUAGCUUGUUAUUCUAAUAUGGCAUAAAGCUGUUUUAGAAUAGGGCCAAUAUUGUCUAGACUAUGCUAUAAUAGCAAAUUCUGUUGUGUGACAGAAUUUGUUGAAUAAGAACGAGAACCUGGAGGAUUUUUCAAAUUUAAAUAUGAAUGAUAUUACAUAACCCUAUGUAUUUAACAGGUUCUUGUAAUUUGCGGUAACAUCUUGAUGUGAUGAGCGGGAGGCCUCUGUUGUAGUUUAUGAUUCGCUUUAAAAGCUUGUUUUUUCAUUUUUGGAAAAAGGUGAAAUGCCAAAUUUUCGCAAGCAAUACCAAAUCCUGAGUACACUGUAUAAAUAAAUUUGUCCUGCACGCGUUGAAUUUUACUUCCCUUUGUGGGAAAUGUGGACAUUUUUGGCAUUCUUAUUCUUAUUAUGCAAACAACAGCAGUGUUCAAUUUCCUAUUGUGAUAUGAAACUGAUUAGGGAUAGAAAUAACGUGCGCCUGUGGAAGACACUUAGUACAUGAAGCCGCUGAAGCCAUUUGCCAUAGUAGCUGUUAUUACUGGUCCGAACAGGACAAAUUUGGCAUGGCCACUUUGUAUACAGAGCAGCCUUUCGAGGAUCAAAGAGUUCACAACCUGCCCGGACCGUACAGUUUUCAACCUCCAGUCUCUGGGACAGUCGGAUCAUGUUUAUUCAUAUGUAGGUAAUACAUGUAUAAUCAUGAACAUUGUCUUGAAAAGGAACUUGCUAAUAAAUGUGAACACUUGAAGAGUGCGGGA